AACGUGAUGGAAUAUGUCUUUCAACUGAAUAUAAAGAUAACAAAACUCCAUUAAUGUGGCGCUGUUCUAAGAACCAUGUAUGGAGUGCCCCACUUUCUAGAAUUAAAAAUUUAGGACAAUGGUGUCCGCAAUGUGCAGGUAAAAUAAAACUUACUCUUGAGGUUGUUAAACAAAUUGCAUUAUUAAAAAGUGAUCAUGGUAAAUGGUGCCCAUAUUGUGCAGGAAAUGCCUGUCUUACUCUUAAAGACGCCAAGCAAAUUGCACUUAGCCGAAACG